AUGGGUGGCUAUUUCUCUAGCCUGAAGGCCGGCACGCGCCAGAUUGCCCACGAGAUAGACUGUGAUCUUGACGAUCCUGAAAUGAGCGAGCAAAUUUCUAGACACCAGUCGAGUCAUGAUAACUUGGUAUUUACUGGACGUGGCCUAUUGCAGGUCAUUCUCAGAGUAACAGACAUGACGGGCUUGGCCUUGGUAACACCAAAACUAUCUCUGCAACCUGGCUUUCGAAGCCGUCACCGGAGUCGAACGUUUCUACAUCCCCGGAAGAGCUCGUAUGUAGCAACACAGCCUGGCGAGCGGACCCGGCCCGGACCACAUAUCACAAUAUACGAAAUGCUCCGACAGGACAGUAUACGAAAUAUCGUAACCAUAUCAAGCGGAGCAUUACCUGGAAGCGUUAUCGUUCUGCUUGCGAUUGACUACAUCGCUCGGACUACACGGAUGGGUUGGAUGUUUGUUGCGCUAGCCGGGCUUUUCGCCAUCAACGGCGGGACAUUCUUCGUCACCUUCGAGACUGAUCAGCAUACGCUGACGGUAACGCUGUACGUACUGGCACAGGUUAUCUUCAACCUUGGACCGAGUACUAUCAUAUUUAUGCUCCCAGCGGAGCCCUUUGCGACCAAGUACCGGGGCACAUUCUACGGUCUCGCGGCAGCUUCUGGGAAGCUCGGUGCAAUAACCACCCUCUUGAUAACAAACCUUGCGGUAUAUGGUGGCGAGUGA